GUAACUUGGUUUUAAUAAAGUGAAACGUUGCGUGGGCUCGCAAUGCCACGUACCUCGCGGCCCCGUGAUCCUGCUGCCACGAGCAUGUGACCGCAUUUGAGACGCUCACAUGGCCGCCGCGGCGAUCCGCUUUUAGUUGGGAGCGAGCGAAAGCGUCCGGAGGAGCCGACGAGCGCAGCGAGGCCGCGCGGCGCCCUGAUCCGCUCUCAUCAUGGCGAACGGCGGGCAGAAAGUUGUGCUGAUCACCGGCUGCUCCUCCGGCAUCGGCCUGAGAAUCGCCGUCACGCUGGCCAGAGAUGAGAAGAAGCGUUACCAUGUCAUCGCGACCAUGCGGGACCUGAAGAAGAAGAGCAAGCUCGUGGAGGCGGCGGGAGACGCGUACGGGAAGAACUUGGUGUUGCUGCCGCUGGACGUGUGCAGCGACGAAUCGGUCAAGCAGUGCAUCAACAGCGUGAACGACCGCCAUAUUGACAUCUUGAUAAACAACGCAGGCGUGGGCUUGCUGGGCCCCGUGGAGAGCAUCAGCAUCGAUGAGAUGAAGAGAGUGUUCGAGACCAACUUCUUCGGCGUCGUGCGCAUGAUCAAAGAGGUGAUGCCGGACAUGAAGAAGAGGCGGUCCGGACACAUCGUGGUCAUGAGCAGCGUCAUGGGUCUUCAGGGAGUUGUGUUCAACGACGUUUACACUGCUUCCAAGUUUGCCAUGGAGGGCUUUUGCGAGAGCAUGGCCGUGCAGCUGAUGAAGUUCAACGUCAGGUUGUCGAUGAUCGAGCCCGGUCCGGUGCACACGGAGUUUGAGACGAAGAUGAUGGAGGACGUGGCCAAGAUGGAGUAUCCGGGCGUGGACGCCGACACGGUUCGUUACUUUAAAGACGUUUACCUGCCGUCAUCGAUAGAUAUCUUCGAAGCCAUGGGUCAGACGCCGGAGGACAUAGCCAAAUGCACUAAGAAGGUGAUCGAGUCGAGCAGCCCCCGCUUCAGGAAUCUGACCAACAGCCUGUACACCCCCGUCGUGGCCCUGAAGUACGCCGACGAGACCGGCGGUCUGUCCGUCAACACCUUCUACAACCUGCUUUUUAAUUUUGGACCUCUCAUGCACAUCACCAUGAGCAUCCUCAAGUGCCUGACGUGCAGUUGCCUGCGCCGACGCACCGUUUCGCCUAACUGAGAACCUUUGCCCCCCUUUCCACCCUUCUAGCUGGGCAACCAGAAUCAGUCGUUACGCAAAGAAAAAAAAAAAGAGAAGAAGGCACCUUGAUCCGACAGUGUACGGUACAUGAACAGAUACAUAAAUAUAAUUUUAUUGAAAAUGAGAACAGUCGUCAGGGCUUUAGUCAUCGCUGCAGCGAGGGAUGAACUUUAGGAAACGCACAAAGGCCCCCGGACACUCGACAAAGCACACAGAUGAACUCAGUUGCAGAGAGAAGCAAAGUAACUAUCGUAAUAAUAAUUUAUAAAAAAUAAAAAUAAAACACAUAAUAACGCGUAGCCUAGCAGAGGUGUGAACUGGAUCAGGAAGAAUAAAUGUCAUCGCGUGGCGCCCCCUAACGUCACGUUUGUCGUAACUGCUGUGGAAUCAGAAUGUUGAUGAAUUUGAAUCGUGUUGCUUUUCGAGGCUUCUUGGGGUCAAAUCGCAUAUUUUAAAAUUUUUCAAACUGAUUUUUCUAAUUAAAUACAAAUCUGAUUGACCCUUUACAGGCACACAUUUGAGAAGAAGUCUAAAGUUGUUGUUGUUUUUUCGUGUUUUUUUUGGAGUUUUUAUUUGUCCACGUGCCAGUUUGCCUCGCUGUGAGGCUCCUCUCUGAGCGAUAGGUGGCAAUAUUUCACAACCUUUCCCUCAGAGAGUCACCAAGGAUCAUCAGCAAGUGGACAGAUUCAUAUGUAAUUCCUGAAAUGAGACGCGGCUUGUCCAAUAAGAAUAAUAAUGAUCAUCAUAGCCAAUAAUACAAUUAUUAUUAUUUCUUGGUGCCCUUCAGGGCACUCAUGGACAUUCUACAAAAAUAUUAACAAAGACCACAGGAAUAAAACUAAUACGUUAAAAAUGUCAACUAUCAUGCAAUCAAUUUUCAAUUGAAGUGAUGAAUAACAGUUAGACAAAAGGAAAGUUGAGUGGAUAUAAAAUGCAAUAAACUGGAAUAUGUGUAUAAAAACAGAUAAGAGUGCAAGUAAUUGCGUGGGAAUUAGCUUAAAGUUAGUUGUGAAUUCAGGACAUCUAUAUUAUCUAGCAACAAAAAAAAUAUAUAUAAUCAAAAGAAAGAUGGUGUAUUCCUGUAUCCUCUUAUGUCUGCAUAUCAUAAAAUAAAUGUAUAUUUGAUGGUGAUUUGCUAAAACAA